GUCUUCAUCAAAGUUUGAACUUGCAACUACAUAGAGCUCAUUCCAAUUCAAAAUACCACCACAUACGGCAUUUUUACCCCCGAGGAUCCUCGCAAGGGAUCGCGCAGCUCUGCCCAAUUUCAUCCAACCGAGCCUGUUCGCUCAAUCCCACAGCCAUGGCUUCACCAGAGGAUAUCGUUAUGGGGGAUGAGAGAGAAGACGCCGCUCAGCCCCAAGCCCCCUUCACCUUGGAGGAAAAUAUCGCUCAGCUCAAUGCUAUCGACAAAUCUAUGGUACAGCUUAUGAAUCACACUGCCGCUGCGCUUGGCGCCCUCACAACACCAGACUCGUCCGACGACAGCGGCCCUUCGGCAUCAGUAGACUCGGCAGCGCAAAAGGAGACAUUUCGACAAGCAACAGACACUUUUCUGAGCACGCUCCACAGCAUUGAUGUGCGAAUGAAGCGGCAGAUUCUCGCACUGGAGGAAGCGGGCAUCGUCAACCUUUCUUCCGGCGCACCUCGUCAAGGCCCCAACCCUGGCACCAAGCCGUCUCUGAAGCCUAAUGGAGUUGGGGCCAUCGGGAACCUCGAUGUUGGAUGGCUGAAUAGCCGGGGCACCAAAGUAGAGCGAGAUAUGGAGCUAGAGCUGUGGAAAAGGACUCGGGAGAUCCUUGAAAAAGAUGAAGGCAAUAUCAAGAAGGAGUGACGAAUGAUACGACGCGCUUUAACGAAUAUACAUUUAGAGUACUUGGGUAUAUACACCUUACGGUGAUAGCUAGUAGAGAACCACUGUUGGUAAUACUCUUUACCUGAUGCCGCAACGAUUCACGCCUUCUCCUCAGAUACCCGCUUCCUUAUCACAGAGCCUGUUAUAGGCAUGUGUAAUUUGAUCAGGACCAUCGCGUGGUCGUGGUAUAAUAUUCUCGGGUUGGA